CCUUUUCUUAAAUGAAAUUCAUAGAAAAUGUCUUAUUAACGAGAAACUGAAUUAAAAUUUGAAUACUAUCUCGUUAAAACGCUAAUAUGGCCUGGGCCCCAUCAACAAACUUUGAGGACGAUUUGGUCGACUUAGAACCAAAUUGCAAUUUUAUAUAUGGACAGCUAGCAUACGAAGCAAAGCGGAAGCAGGAGUAUACUCCACGUCCAAAAUCGACGUACGAGUACCUCGCGAAUCGGCAAAAGCGCAACGAGGAGAUAGACAAAGUACACAGCUCAAAAUCGAAGGAAAUUCGCGCCAGUCUGGCCAUGAUGGAGCGCAUACAGCAGAUAGCUGGAACCAAGCCGUUGGGUGAACACGCGACCAUGUCAGAUUGGGACGACACAAGUACCGUGGAGAAGGAGGCGGUUGCCAUGAUGAGGCAUUUUGGCAUGAUGUCCAUGACUGAUGGCUCGCUGGCUCCACCAAAAACUGAACCGUUGCCACACAACAACAUCCACGUGAUUCGAAAUGGCCGUCGAAAUUUCCCAUUAAUCCUGGAUCCGCAGUAUUUUGAGCCGGGCAAGACACGUAAGAUGAGUAAUUCGAGCUAUAGCUCGGCAACAAGCGGAACUAACACCUCACGAGCAUCCGAGUCUGGAAGCAGUGCAAGCAUUUAUACCACUGCCGACUCGCAUAUUGAGGAAACGGACAGCAGCCAAGACGACCAAGGCUUCGACGAGAUUCCCUAUACAUUACUCGAAGAAACAUUGGAACCAAAACUGAACUCUCCUAAGCCGUAUAAAACCAAAAAGACUAGAGGAAGUCGUCCGCCGCAGAGUCCGCGGCUUCAGAUGGCCACAACGAAGCGGCGACAUCGUCUAUAAGGCGCUAUAAGGAGAAUCCAUAAUCAAGUGAUAUAAUCUCCAAUACAUAUCGGAUAUUACAGUAUGGAAAGAGAACAUGAAGCCUUAAAUGAAACCUAAAGUAAUGUGAUUCAUAAACUUAAUAUACAAUAGUAAUAAAUGAGGUCUUAUAUAUCUUUUCGCCUCUUAAGGCAAUUAAAUAGAUAUUAAUAAAAACAGGCGAAAUUGAAUAACUUGUGUUUUAACAAGUUCAAGCCAUUAAAUAAUAGAUAAUGUAAAUUAACAUAUAGAAUCCGCAUUUAUCCAAAAAAUUAGCAUUAAAAUUUGUUAAGAGCAAAGGAUUUGCUUGUCGUGUCGAGUAAAGGAUUUAUAGGACUUUUCUUAUUUUUUUAUUUUGUUUAACCUUUUAUUUUGCUAACCUUUCGUAUAAAAGUUACUUCAAAUCUAAGUUCGUUAAAUGCUCGUGCUGCAAUUGUUAAUUGCUUUCGGUUGUUAAACUGAUCACAAAUAUUUU